AUCAGUUUUAUUAUUAUCAUCUUCUUCUUCCUUUCUUCAUCUUCUGCAAAUUCUAAACCAAACCAGUUUCUGUAAUCUGAAGAAAAGAAAACAAACAUGUCGACAGCAACCUUUGUAGACAUACUUUUGGCCAUUAUCUUGCCACCUCUUGGUGUGUUCUUGAAAUUCGGUUGCCAGGUGGAGUUUUGGAUAUGUCUUGUGCUCACUUUCCUUGGAUACCUUCCUGGAAUUAUAUAUGCAAUUUUUGUUCUUACUAAGUGAUCUUCAAUCUUAUAACUCUUCAAGUCAGACCAUUUAGGUGGGGGAGAUAGGAUGGGGACAACCAUUUUUGGAAGAUCAUCUAUUUUGUUUUCCUUGUAAAGUGGACAUGAUUUGAAGGAGUUUUACAACUGUCUGUUUUAAUUAUUUAAUGGUGGAUAUUGUUUGUGUUAAUUUGUUUUUAAUUAAAUAUUAAUGUUUGUUGGGUGGUUUCAUUUGAAAUUUAAGGAUUUUGUGAAGUAUAAGUAUCAUAUGUUAAUAAUUUUCUUAUAUUUAAUUAAUUAUAUAAGCUUGUUUGAUAA